CGCUCCGUUGCAUGACUGUCACGUGCGACAGUGAAAUAAAUACAUAGGGAAGUUGAACAACGCUGGACAGAAACACGUCGUUUCUGUUUUGACUAUGAUCUCAGUUUGUAUAUAUUUCGUCGUUGUGCAGAUAGCCUUAGGUGCUCAAAAGAAUGGCGUGGAUAAAAUCCAGACGUUUGUUAUCCCGCACAGUCAUAUGGAUGUCGGCUGGGUGUACACAAUACAGGAGAGCAUGCACGCGUAUGCCACAAACGUUUACAGCAGUGUGACAGAGGAGCUAACCAAGGCGAAGCACCGUAAGUUUAUCGCCGUGGAGCAGGAGUUCUUUCGUCUUUGGUGGGACUCUGUGGCCACGGACAAGCAGAAGAAGCAGGUGCAACAGCUCGUCAAAGAGGGGCGUCUGGAGUUCAUCAUAGGAGGUCAGGUGAUGCACGACGAGGCCGUGACGGAUCUGGACGAUGAGAUACUGCAGCUGACCGAGGGCCACGGGUUUCUGUACGAGACAUUCGGGGUCCGGCCUCAGUUCUCAUGGCACGUGGAUCCGUUCGGAGCCUCCGCCACCACCCCCGUCCUCUUCGCCAUGGCGGGGUUCCACGCUCACCUCAUCUCUCGCAUCGAUUACGACCUCAAGGACGAGAUGCAGAAGAGCCAGGGGCUGCAGUUUGUGUGGAGAGGGUCACCCUCAUUAGGGGAGCAACAGGAGAUCUUCACCCACGUCAUGGACCAGUUCAGCUACUGCACUCCGUCUCACCUGCCCUUCUCCGACAGGUCUGGGUUCUAUUGGAAUGGUGUGGCACUGUUUCCUGAUCCCCCCAAAGAUGGCGUUUACCCCAACAUGAGCCUUCCUGUCACCGAGAAAAACCUGCACCUGUACGCGCAGACCAUGGCAAAGAACAUCCAGCAGAGGGCAGCAUGGUUCCAAACCAAACAUGUGCUCUGGCCCUGGGGCUGCGACAAGCAGUUCUACAACUCUUCAGUGCAGUUCCAGAACAUGGAUCCGUUGCUGAACUACAUUAACCAGCACAGCGAGGAGUUUGGCGUAACGGUGCAGUACGCCACCCUCAGCGAAUACUUCCAGGCCGUCCACCAAUCAAAUGUCACCUGGGAGGUGAGGGGAAGCCAAGACUUCCUUCCUUACUCCACUGAACCUUUUCAGGCCUGGACAGGGUUCUAUGCCUCCCGGAAUGUUCUAAAGGGCGUGGCUCGUCGGGCUAGCUCAAAGCUCCAUGCUGCGGAGUCUCUCUUCACGCGGUACCGCGCCAGUCUCCCCGACGGUCCGGUCCCCAAGGAAUGGGCGCUGGAGAAGCUGAGGGCCCUUCGCUGGGCUGUCUCUGAGGUUCAACAUCACGAUGCCAUCACAGGCACAGAGUCACCGAAGGUGGCCGACAUGUACCUGCAGCACCUCACCCAAGGCAUGAUGGGAGUGGAGGAACUCCUGGCCGCGCUGUUCCUGCUGCCACAGGCCCUUGAUCCCUCUGGCGCCCUCUACGGACAGCACAGGAGAAGGGCAGCAGGUUCUUCUCCGGACCCAGAGCAGCACAUCAUUGUUUACAACCCCCUGGCGUGGAACAUCACCACCUUCGUCAACGUCACGGUAACGUUCCCCAUGGCAACUGUGUACGAUGAAGACGGACAGCCCGUUCCAGCGCAGAUCCAGAGGGCGCCAGAGUCCAGCACCGCAUACGACCUGUUCAUCAUGGUGAGCCUGGGCGGGCUUCAGCACAGGCAGUAUGUGAUCAAAUUCACAGAUUCGCCGUCCGAGAGGACCACGUACUCGGCCACGGUGGUGCCGUUCCAGCGACAGAAGGUGAACCCAUCCAAAAGGACCGGCCGGAGACUUCUCCCCGUGCUGAAUGAAUGCUACAGGCUCAUGUUCGACCAAGACACAAACAUGCUGCAUAGCAUUAAAGACAUGAAAACCAAGCGCACUGUGAGGGUGACGCAGGAUUUCGGUGAAUAUAUCGUCAACGGGGACGUCCACACGGGGCCCAUCUCCGACAACUACAUCUUCAGCGCCAACGGGUCGGCCACGCCCGCAUACAAAUCCGUCGGGAUGGAGAUUGUGCCGGGAACGAUGGUGACGGAGAUCCGACAGUACUUUUACAGAGAGCACAGCGAUGAGGACUACGCGUACGCCAUGUACACCAGAGUGCCGGAGGGGUUUAAGGGCCGGUUGGCGUGUCACCGCAUCGAGCAGAGCUACAGGGUGGGGCCCCUGGGGGUGAACCGAGAGGCCGUCCUGAGGACCAGCACCGGCCUGUGCAACGACAGGACCGUCUUCACCGACAACAACGGCUACCAGAUGCUCAAGAGGCCGCACAGAGCCUUCGCUAACAAUUCGGUGGCUAGGAACUACUACCCCAUGGUGCGGGCGGCAUACAUGGAGGACGGCUCGACCAGGCUGGGCUUCUUCAGCGAGCGGCCUCACGGGGUAUCGAGCCAGGAGCAGGGUCAGCUGGAGGUGAUGCUCCACCGACGCCUGUGGAACAACCAGGAGUGGAACCUGGGGUACAACCUGACCCUCAACGACUCCUCGGUGGUGCGUCCUGUGCUGUGGAUGGUCCUGGGGUCCCGGGCCGCAUCUGCGCCGCUGUACCAGAGGGAGGCGCUGCUGCUCCAGCACCGGCCUGUGGUAAUGCCCAUCGACACACCCCAAAAGGCCUGGACAGCGCAGGAGCCCCGAAACAGAGACCCGGUCAUCCCUGUGGUCCUUCCCCCGAACCUCCACCUCCUCACGCUAAGUGUCCCGGGCUGGGGGUACAGCACCAAUCACACCCAGAAUCUGUGGGACAUCUCAAGAGGUAAGGAGAAGAAAGCAGAACCAGACUUUAAUCGGGUUCUGCUCAGGGUCAUGCACCUGUUUGAGGUUGGAGAAGACCCGGUACUGUCCAAACCCACCACCAUCAACCUGCAGGAAGUCCUUCGAGGAUUGGGCGAGCUGAGUUCAGUGGAGGAGCGCUCUCUCACGGGCACUUGGGAUAUCUCAGAGCUCAAGAGGUGGAAGUGGAAGACCAUGAGGGGCACCAAAGGGGCGGCGGCUUGCUCUCGAUGUGGAGUAACCGAUGACUUCAGCGUAACAGUGUCGCCAAAGGAAAUCAGAACCUUCUUCAUCCGCUUCAAAUAAUCGCCUGAUCGCUGAAUUCGUCUUCUGUGAAGAUGAUAAAAAUCGUAGCGUGUUCCUUUAAACUGCUGCUUGGGGAGUGAGACUUCUUGAACUCUGCUGGGGGAGGAAUUAAAAUGGGCGGUCAAAACUCUGACUUGUGGGAGAAAAAUGGCCACACAUAAAAAUCCUACGAAUGGUUCAAGUAAGAGGAAUAUUGUUGGCGGGUGUUAGCUCCACCCAGUUUGGAGUUCCCGACAGCUCAUUGAUCAUUCAUUGCCAAGUAAAAAUCCUGACCGCUUCAGUGUAAUUGUUAUUUUUGAUCUUAUGCAAACCUUGCCUUUUGUAAAUGUCUCCUUCAAAUAAAGAUGUUACCAUGCA